AUGAAGCCUGUUGGUGUUAUCCGCGCUCUGGCGCUUGCCGGUGGACUUCAGUGUGCAGCUGCUGUCGCACUGCCGGAUGAGCUUUCCCCCACCAUCUCCCCGAUGCGCAGCGACAAUGACACAAUGACAAUCAUGGGCGGUUUCGCUCAGUCCUGCGGGAAAUACUGUAUCAAUCAAGUUUACACCAACCAGCUGAACGCGGAAUACCGGAGGUUGGACACAGUUUGGCAGGGCACGUACAUUUUCAUGUGGGAAGGUUACGCCAACCGUUGCGGAAAGCUGGUUGCAGACCGGGAUAAGUUACUGCUCCAGUCGAAUUGCUGA